AUGAAGAAGGCGAUGUUAACAAAGAAACAAGACCUACUGUGGUGGUACCUAGGAGUAGCAACCAGAAAGAACCAAAACUGUAUAGAAAGUUCCCGUGACGAAGAUGAAGAAAUGAGGUUGUUCCCCAGGUACAAUAAGCAGGGCAUGGGAAAUGCAGAAAGAAGAAGAAGUUCUCUUGCUGGCUCCUCCUCUUUUCUCGCGAUCGUUUUCUCUGUCAAACUAUUUUCCUCUCCAAGUCCUGGAUUUUCUCGGAAUCUAAAUACCCUUUCUCUGAAUCUCCCUUCUGCUGAGAUCUACCCUCUCUCUCACUCAUGGGUUUCUUCUUUGCACUGA